AUGGUGAAGCUGGCGACGGCAAGGGAGGCGCGGCUGUACGGGCCGGCGCUGGCGGCGCGGCGGUGGGAGUACAUCAACGCGGGGGUGUACGUGUUCGCGGCGCUGCUCCUGGUCCUAGCGGCGGGCGUCGUCCUCGCGGCGGCGGCGCUAUCCGUGUCCGCGUCCGCGUCCGCGUCCGCGGCCAGGGCGGGACUCGCCGUGGCCGCCGUGGCGCUGGCGGCCGCCGCGGCCGUCAACGCUCACGACCUCGCGGCGCACCUCGCCGGCGUCGACUGCCGCGUGGGGCUGGCGAGGUACGACGCCCAGCUCGGCCUCGUGGAGUUCCUCGUGCCGGCCAUGCACGCGGCCGGCUGCGCGUUCGCCGUCGUCGGCCUGGCGCUGCUGGUCUCCCACUCCCAGCACCUGGAGGGGAAGGGCGCGGCAGAGCACGGGAGACGGGAGGCGCACGCGGCGAUCAUGCUGCUCGUCGCGGCGCUGCUGUGGGUGCUGGGCUCGGUGCUCAACUCCUGCCAGGUGUACGAGCGCGGCGACGGCCGCGCGCAGCUGCUGCAGUCGAGCGUGCAGGUGCCUCAGCUCCUGGGGAGCCUGCUGUUCCUGGUCGCCGCGGCGCUGAACCUCCGCGUCGUAUCCGGCACCGGCAGCGGCGGCGAUGAGCCGGCGUGGCUGUUCCUGGCGGGGAGCGUGCUGUGGCUGGCGGCGGCGCUGCUCAACGUGCUCAAGGUCUUCACCAUGCACCAAAGCGACGCGCUGCGGCUGGAGAAGCUCCGCGGCGGGGCGCAGGAGUGGCUCAGCCGCGACCGCGAGGGUCGCGUCCCACUCAACUGGGAGGAGGCCGCCAGGAGACGGGCGCUGCCCACCGAGCUCCGGUGA